ACCAUUGUUUGCAGUUUUUUGUGGUGGUUGAUUGUCCAUCUCUGCGUAUCAUUAGGUAGUGGAUUUAUUCUAGAGCAACAUCGAAUGUCAAAUCCUACAAUUUCAAUGGCCAUCAUAUUGGAUAGGUGGAAAGAGGUUUAAAGAGGUUUAAAGAGGACUAAAAUUCAUCGCAAUAUUUGCUAGCUUCCAAAGCUAAUGAGCUGGCUUAUUGACGGCAGAGGAAUCGCAACGAAAGUGAAAAAUGCAAGUCUUUCUCCUGCUAAUCAAAUCAAAGACUGCGGAGCAAAUCGUGAAUGCCCUAGAUGUCAUUGCCGCAUUGAUAAUGCUGAUGUGUCUAAUGAAUGGCCAGGUUUUCCUGCUGGUGUAAAGUUUGAUCCUUCUGAUGUAGAGAUCUUGGAACAUUUAGCUGCAAAAUGCAGCGUGGGAAAUUCAAAACAACACAUGUUUAUUGAUGAGUUCAUCCCCACGGUUGACAAACAAGAAGGAAUAUGCUACACGCAUCCAGAAAAUCUUCCUGGUGCUAAGAAAGAUGGAAGUAGUGUCCACUUCUUUCACAGAACUACCAAUGCAUAUGCUAUCGGUCAACGGAAACGCCGCAAGAUUCAUAAUCAACAUAGUUUGAUAAAGGGGGAUGUCCGCUGGCACAAGACAGGUAAGACGAAGCUUGUGAUGGAAAAUGGAGUGAAGAAGGGUUAUAAGAAGAUCUUGGUUCUUUACACAAUUUCAAAGAAGGGUUCCAAGCCUGAAAAGUCUAACUGGGUAAUGCACCAAUAUCAUUUGGGGACUGAUGAAGAUGAAAUAGAUGGUCAUUAUGUUGUUUCAAAAAUAUCUUACCAGCAGCAGAAGCAAAGCGAUAACAAUGAGUGUCCUCAAGUUGUUGAAGAGUCUGGUAAGUGCACAAUUCAAACAAGUCCCCGGACUCCAAAUACAAAUGCUCCUAAUCCACCUCGGCGGGAAAAAUCUGUUUUAUAUGAUGAUGUCGCAGAUGAUUGUGCACCGCAGGAACAGCCAGCAGUGUUUUUCGGAGAAACUUCUUUUCCUUCUUCCUCUGCUGCUCCUCAGUUCAAGGCUGAUGUGGACACCCAAUGUUGGUUGGCUGGCGAGUCACAAGCCGUUGAAGGCAAUGAUGCGGAUGACUCAUUGUUAUGCGAUGAGAUUUUUGGUUCCUGUGUUGGUCUUGAUGAUCCUGCACUAAAUUAUGGUUCUUUCAAUGCCUUUGCUCGAGAUGAUAUUUCUGGGGUAGAUGGUAAUGUAGGUUGUGGAGUUGCUGAUCUUGAAAACCUAGAACUGGAUACCGCACCAGAUAACCUUCCAGAUUUGCAGUUUGGCUCUCAAGACAGUAUUCUUGACUGGUUAGAUAACAUUUAGAGCAAUAGUGAUGAAAUCCAUGCUUGUUUUGUUACGAUUACGACAAGGUUGUUCCUUUGGCAAGUUAGUACGAUAGAAGAGGGCUUGAAGGCAAGCGAGGCUGUGAAUUAGGAGCUGGCUUGGUGGUAAGACAUGACACCAAUUUUUGGUUUUUUGAGCUAGCUUUGGCAGGGUUGAUUACUGCAUAUUAUGUAUUUAUGACACAUAGAACACAAACAUGGAACGUUGAAAACAAACAGUGUGGAUCGUAUCAAACGGAUAGCUUCUUGUUGUCAAUCUCA